UGGGCUGCCUGGCGAAUUGGGCCCGCUGGACCCGCGAAGUGCUGCUCUGGCCGCGUGGAUUCUGUUCCCAGGCUGACAUGUGGGCCGCCGUGAGGCUCGCUCUGGGCCGGUGCCCCCGCGCCACCCUUCCCGGGCUCCGAUCUUAUCACGGGGACGCGGUAGCCACGCUGGGCACCCAGCAGGACUCCGGUUCUGCUAUCUACCAGGAAAACUAUGAACAGAUGAGAGCACUGGUGGAUCAGCUGCAUGAACGAGCACAGAAUAUAAAACUAGGCGGCGGCGAGAAAGCCCGAACACUCCACGUGUCUAGAGGGAAGCUGCUGCCCAGAGACAGAGUGGAUACCCUCAUCGACCCAGGGUCUCCAUUUCUGGAAUUGUCGCAGUUUGCAGGGUACCAGUUAUACGGUAAAGAGGAGGUGCCUGCCGGCGGCAUCAUCACGGGCAUCGGGAGAGUGUCGGGGGUAGAGUGCAUGAUUGUCGCCAAUGAUGCCACUGUCAAAGGAGGCUCCUACUACCCCGUGACUGUGAAGAAGCACCUGCGGGCACAGGAGAUCGCGAUGCAGAACAGGCUGCCCUGCAUCUACCUGGUUGACUCAGGAGGUGCCAAUUUACCCCGGCAGGCAGAUGUCUUUCCAGAUCGAGAUCACUUCGGCCGUAUAUUCUAUAACCAGGCAGUCAUGUCUUCGAGGAAUAUUGCCCAGAUUGCGGUGGUCAUGGGCUCCUGUACAGCCGGAGGAGCUUACGUGCCCGCCAUGGCGGAUGAGAACAUCAUUGUACGCAAGCAGGGCACCAUUUUCUUGGCGGGACCACCCUUGGUCAAAGCGGCAACUGGAGAAGAGGUGUCGGCGGAGGAUCUGGGAGGCGCCGAUCUUCACUGCAGGAAGUCUGGGGUCUCCGACUACUAUGCCCUGGAUGAUAACCACGCCCUCCACCUCACUAGGAAGAUCGUGAGGAAUCUCAACUAUCAGAAGAAGCUGAGUGUCACCGUGGAGCCUUCCGAAGAGCCUUUAUUCCCCGCUGACGAGCUGUACGGAAUCGUGGGUGCCAACCUGAAGAGGAACUUUGAUGUCCGAGAGGUCAUUGCUAGAAUCGUGGAUGGAAGCAGAUUCAAUGAAUUCAAGGCCUUAUAUGGAGACACAUUAGUUACAGGAUUUGCCAGAAUAUUUGGAUACCCAGUAGGUAUCAUUGGAAAUAAUGGUGUUCUCUUCUCUGAAUCUGCAAAAAAGGGGGCGCACUUCGUCCAGCUUUGCUGCCAGAGGAACAUCCCUCUGCUGUUCCUGCAGAAUAUCAAUGGGUUCAUGGUUGGGAAGGACUAUGAGGCCGAAGGAAUUGCCAAGGACGGGGCCAAGAUGGUGGCCGCCGUCGCCUGUGCCCAGGUGCCCAAGAUCACUGUCAUCAUUGGGGGAUCCUACGGGGCUGGAAACUAUGGCAUGUGUGGCCGGGCCUAUAGCCCAAGAUUUCUCUACAUGUGGCCAAACGCCCGGAUCUCCGUGAUGGGAGGCGAGCAAGCAGCCAAUGUGUUGGCCACAAUAGCGAAGGACCAGAGAGCGCGGGAAGGGAAACAGUUCUCCAGUGCGGAUGAGGCAGCUCUCAAAGAGCCCAUCAUGAAGCGCUUUGAAGAGGAAGGGAACCCCUACUAUUCCAGUGCCAGGCUGUGGGAUGAUGGAAUCAUAGACCCAGCAGACACCAGACUCGUCUUGGGUCUCAGCCUGAGCGCCGCACUCAACGCUCCCAUCCCGAAGACUGACUUUGGCGUCUUGAGGAUGUAACUGCAGUCUAAGGCAGCUUCCGUUGGACAUGUGUCCAAAAUGAACGCAUUAGUAGCCUUAACAUUCUAGACUUAAAAACAAACAAACAAACAGAGGUUAUUAUAGUAAGAUCUUUAAUUUUUCUCUUUCUUUUUUUUUUUUAAAAACACAGUGCUUUGUACUUUUCUAAGUUAAAACCCAGUAAGGUGAUUGAUGGGAUGACUCUAAAUUCCUUGUAAGUGUCCUCAGUUUUCUGCAGCUCAGCUGUACCACCCGUCGACGAAGAGAGUCACAGAGUGGUUCUUCCUUAAUAGCGGGAAGAGUUCCGUUAUCUUGCUGAUUCCAAGUAUCAAUCUCUGAGGUUAUGAAAGUGUUCCACUGAAAUCAUUUUGAUUGUGCACAAUUUUUUUUCACACACUUUUUUUUUUAAAAGAUCUCUAUUUCUUCUAAGAGUCAGACUUUCCAUUGUGUGCCACCUGGCUCUCCUUACUCCGUUACCCUCAGCCCUCUCCAAGGUUGUGCCACUGAGCGUCUCAUGGCUCUACUCUCAUGCGUGUGCCUUCCAAGCACUCCACAUGCCCUCCUCCCCCAAAUGCCAUUCUCUGCUGCCAUGCCAGGCCUUUCUCUAGGUUUUGCUCCGGCCUCCCUGCUGUUCGCAGUCAGCACCUUCGUAGCCCCCCUUUCUUUCCCAUUCACCUCCAGGUCACCGUUUUAAUGAAUUUUAACUCAGAAACUGUGAAUCUAUUCUUUUUCUAAAGGAUAUACAGAUUGCACAAAAGUAUUUCCUCAUUCUCUGCCCUUUGAAGUAGAUUCAGUAGGAGAAGCCCCAGAGCUUCUGCCAGUGCCAGGGGUGGAAAUCAGGGCCUCAUGUGGGCAGGGCACACACUCCUUCCUGUUAUGGCAUCUCCCGAGACACUGCCUUGAAGGCUCUCCCGAUUGUCCCCCAAGCCCUGGCCCCACGAAGCACAGGUUAUCUGCAGGAUUGGCUUUAUACUCCUCAGGCGUCAAGCUCUGUUGACUUUGCUUCCUUGUGCUGGCCUUUCCCCACUGUUUUUGUCUUCCGCUCCCAAGGGCUGUAGCUGUGAUCCCCCUGCCUGCAGCCUUCCCCAUCGGGAUCCAGCUAUGCUAGACUCUGUCCAGUUCUGUGAACCCACAGAAUGUCUCCCACCCGAGGGCCUCCUCUUGCCUCCACUGUCGUCCUCUCCCUUCUUCAUCGGCACUUAGCCAUUGUGCCUGGUCCUGUUCUGGUGGGGCAGGCCUUGGCUCUGUGCUUUCCCAGCACUGUCCACUCCCCCGGCACACACUCAUGGCGGGCAUCAGUGUCUCUUGGUUCUUUUUGCCCAGAUCUCCAGUGCCUGGUCUUUCCAGUUCAGAUGGGUUGAGUGGGGGUGGGGAAAAAAGCAGAUUGUCAUUGUUCGGCUCAAGCCACAUGGCUCUGGAAUGCAAAUGAUUUAUCAUCAGAUGAAUAGAAGUAUCAGAGGCUUUCCUAAUAAAAUCAGUAUUUCUGAAAGUUGUAUGUUCA